AUGCCGAGCUCACGCCCCAGACACGAGGGCGAUGAGGAAGCCCGCCAGCCCCGGCCGCGUAGCGCGGACUCUGACAGCGACGAAGAGCGUCACGCGCCUGCGUCGAAGUCCGGAGGCGCUGGCGAAACCUCGUCCGAUUCUGAAGACGAGCGAGGACGCGCGGCGGCUGGCGACAAGCGCCCAGAAGCAGACAGACAGGGGCGAGACGCGAAAAAAACAGACACGCGCGCGACAAACGGGCGUAGCCAAGCCCAGCCGCCCAGCGCGGACAAUGACGAAAGCAGCAGCGACGAUGACAGCUUCGGUCCUGCUCCAGUGGCGAGGGGGGGCGGGAAGGCCGGGGCGCCCGCGACCAAGCGGCGCUGCCUGGUGCCCCAUCAGGAGCUUUACCUGCGGAACUUGCCUCAAGAAGAGCGAUACUUCAAGUCGUUCAUGCACCGCGACGAGGUCUCCCACGUGGUGGUGAGUCCGCUUCACCGCUUCAUCAUCACGGGCAGUGUCGACGGUCACGUGAAGUUUUGGAUCCGCGAGGCGGAGGACAUCGAGUUCGUCAAGCACUUCCGCGCACACAUUGGCGCGCUGCACUGUCUCUGCGUGUCCGCGGCGGACAGUGGCGCGGUAGUGGGGUCCGUGGGCGGCGACUCCACCUUUCGGCUCUUCGAAGUCGUGACCUUCGACAUGCUGUGUCUGCUCAAGCUCGCCUUCACGCCGCUCGCCUGCGAAUUCGUCCAUGGCAAGGAGGAACCUGCGCCGGUCGUCGCCAUCUCGGCGAAAGACACUCCCGACAUCUUCUUGUUUAAGCCGACGCUUAGCUCGGAAUCGUUCGCCAAGUUUUCUCAGUACUCGGGCCCUGCGCACCUUCUGCGCUUCAACGCCGUUUUGAAAGUUUUUGCGUCGGCUGACAAAGAGGGCGGCCUCGAGGUCUGGUGUACAGACACCUGCCAGCGCGCCACGAGCGAAAACCGCCGCGGAAAGAUCCGCUACGCGCUGAAAAGCGAAACCGGUUUCUUCGAAUUGGCCAAAAACAAGACCUACGCCGUCGCGCUCGCCGUGAGCCCCGACGGCCAACUCCUCGCGGUUCUCUCUGAAGAUUCGGCACUCCGCAUUUUCCGCUUUCUCACUGGGAAGCUCUCGAAAGUCUACUUGGAAACGAUCGACAUGUAUCAGACCGCGCAGAACGAUCCGCAGCGUCGGCUGCUGCAUGUGGACGCGCUGGACUUUGAGCACCGUCUGGCUGCCGAGAAGGAGCUGGCGAGGGCUCGCGCACGCGACUGGCAGACGAUGAGCUUCGACGAGAGCUCCAACUUCCUCGUCUACCCCUCGAUGCUAGGCAUCAAAAUUGUCAACGUUAAGGACAACAAACUGUGCCGUCUGAUUGGCAAGCCUGAGCACAGUCUGCGGUUCCUCUCCGUGGCGCUCUACCAGGCCAAGGCGCAGAAGCGCAAGCCGACGACGACGGUGGUGCUGGGGAAGAACGCAAAAAGCCAAGAAGCCAAGGACGAGAACCGCAUGGACGCCGUCAUCGUCGCCUCGGCCUUCAAGAAAAACCGGGUGUACUUCUUUACCUCGGACAUGCAGAAGGAAGGCCUGGUGGACAUGAGAGACGUUUUCAACGAAAAACCGUCGAAGGAAGAGCAGGAAGCCUUGGCUCCAAGCGCGUCGUCCGCAAUCGCCCCGUCGCUUCGCACCGGCCGCACAGCGACGAUUUUCACGACGAUGGGCGACAUUUUCAUUCGUUUGUUCCCGCAAGAAUGCCCCAAGACUGUCGAGAACUUCUGCACGCACGCCCGCAACGGCUACUACGACCACUGCAUUUUUCACCGUGUCAUCAAGGGCUUCAUGAUUCAGACUGGAGACCCCAAUGGAGACGGCACAGGAGGCGAGUCCAUUUGGGGCGGCGACUUUGAGGACGAGUUUCACCGGUCACUCAAGCACGACAGGCCGUUCACGGUCUCGAUGGCGAACGCGGGCCCAAACACGAACGGUUCGCAGUUUUUCAUCACAACCGUCCCCUGCAGCUGGCUGGAUAACAAACAUACGGUCUUUGGCCGCGUCGUCCAGGGCAUGGACGUAGUGACCAAAAUCGAAAGUGUGCCCACGAAUGUCGAGGAUAAACCCAAGCAGGACGUGAAGCUUCUCACGAUCAAAAUCACUUCGUAG